GAGGCUCUGUGCCCCUUCAGCCUCGUCUGCGAGCUCAGCUUCAAGGUGGGCGCCGUGUCUGGAACUUAUUUCAAGAACAUCAUCGUCAAGAUCUUCGUACAAGACGUCAACGACAAUGCUCCCCACUUUAACAAGUCAUCGAUGACCAUCAACAUUCCGGAGUCGGUCAGCGUAGGGGCGCUGUACUCGCUAGAGGGCGCCGUGGACGACGAUACAGGAACGAACAACUCUGUGCAAGGGUACGCCAUUGAGCCAGCAGAUGGCGCUUUCGGCAUUGUCUUCACUCAGCGACUGGACAGGACUUCCGAUGUUGUGCUCGUGGUCAACCAGCCGUUAGACCGGGAAACCACGCCCUUGCAUGUCUUAAAGCUGAUUGCGACAGACGCGGGAAUCCCCCGCCGGACAGCCGAGAUGACCGUGCAGGUGAAGGUGUUGGAUGUGAAUGACAAUCCCCCGGAGUUCGCACGACCCUCCUACCGCAUCAACAUCGGCGAAAACGCCUUGCCAGGCUCCGCCCUUGUGACACUGUCGGCCAGGGACAGCGACGAAGGGUCCAAUGCGGAGAUCAGGUACCGACUGAGUGGACACCAGGACAGCGGAGUUGCCGCCAUGUUCGCAGUGAAUGCAACCAGCGGUGAGGUGUCCCUGCGACAGAGGCCCACCAGUGGACUCUACUCACUCAUCGUCGAGGCUUCAGACAACGGAACUCCUUCUAAAGACGCACAGGUCAUAGUCGAGGUUCAGGUUAUCGACAAUGCCAACAACCCUCCCAGUAUGACCGUGUCCUUGCUGAACCCCACCAUCCCCGAGAACGCUAAGAUGCACACCCCCGUUGCGCAUGUCUCGAUCGACGACCCUGACUCCGGCAGCAACGGACAGGUAUCCUGCUUCAGUCAAAGUGCCUUCUUUGAUCUGCGCAAGCUGGGGGACAAUGACCUUAUGGUCAACGUGGCCAAGGAGCUGGACCGGGAGGAUACCCCCACCUACAGGGUGACGGUGUUCUGUCAGGACUACGGCACCCCUCCCCUCAACGGCACUCUUACCUUCAUCAUCGAUGUCUCAGACGUCAACGACAACGCGCCGUCGUUUUCAGAGCCCCGCGUAUCUCUCUCCUUUCCCGAGGGCAACCGUGUGGGGGACGUGGUCUACACUCUCACAGGCCACCGAGUUCUGGCCAUGGACCGGGGGUCGCCCCAGCUGUCUUCCACGGCCACCGUUAGCGUCUUCGUCGACGACCUCAACGACGAGGCGCCAGAGUUCGCUGACAUAAGCUACAGGUUCCAGGACCGUGAGUCCACGGGUCUGUACGUGUUCGACGUCAUCGCCUCGGACGAAGGUAUUCCAAGGCUCAGCAGCCGGACACUGGUGACGGUGGAACUGUUGGACGACAACGAUAACGAUCCCGUGUUUAUCUUCCCGGGCCCCGGAAACAGCACGGUGGUGCUGGACGUGCCCCUCGCUAAGGGGAGCCUACUCUUUCGUGUGAUUGCCACUGAUGCUGACGAGGGCGCCAAUGGUGUGGUGUCCUACUCCAUGUCAACGAAGAAUCUGACCACCCCGUUCACUGUGGAUCCAUUGACAGGUGACGUCAGAGCUGUCAUGGCGGUGACGGACGAGCAGGUGGGUGUGUACUCCCUCGUGCUGCAAGCGACUGACAGCGGUGACGUCCCGCGUGUCAGCACCGCUACGUUGCACGUAGUUGUCCGACGUAGUCCGCACGCGCAGCCUCUUGAGUCCAGCGACCGCAACACCGCCAUCGUCAUCAGCGUCAUCUGCGUCGCUGUCGUCCUCACCGCCAUCAUCGCCGUUUUCGUCAUCGUCAUGCGACGACGUGAGAAGUGCCGGACGCUGCAGAGCCUCAGCAAGGCGAAGGAGAGGAGCAGAGCAAGAGAUCCCCCCGGCCCCAACCUGUACAUGGACAGACACAGCACCGGAAGCCUCUUCACCACGCCCUCUAGCGGCACCAGCUCUCCCAAGCCUGAGGUCGGCGGCAGCGCGGGAAAGCCGCGGUCGUCACCUCUGUCAGCCCCUGACCACGACUACUGCUGGAAGAGCGAGUCCCUAGACUUCAUCCUCAAGGACGAUAAUGAUGCCGGCGAUGACCAGACGCUUAACCGGGUGACCUCCCUUAGACUCCAACAGGCUUAUGUACACAUCAGCACGUUCAAGUCUCAGCUCGUCUCUACCCCAGACACCCCUAGUAAGGCUUACGAAUGGCGGGAGAUCCAUGUACCUGGCCGUCCAGAAGACUUUCAUAGUCUCAGUUCUCGCGGCCAUGGAGACAGCGGUAUGGGCACAGAUGAGGAUGGAACCAUCGUCCACUCGGCGUCAGAAGGGUCCGGAGCUAACCCCACCCCCACCAAGAUCCCCCUGCGCCCCAAGCUGGGCAUCCACUCCUUCUGCAGGCCAGGCUCCAACACCAGCCAAGCUUCCUCCAAACACUCUUCCUCCUCUUUGCCCAACCUGUAUCUCAAGCCCGGAAGUGACAUCUUGGUCUUCCGGCCCACUAGCGUCACCUCGUGCGAUUCUAACGUCAGCGAUGUACCGGAAGAUAACUGCACCACAACUUCCGGUUCAUACAGCCUGACGUUUGAAGACACGGGUAGUGUGUAUGGCCGAGUGCAGGAAACUGGCUACGUGGUGCAUGAUAUUUAUGUCUGAAGUUGGUCUCAGAGCUCAGCUUCUCUACAACGGAAAGUGAUUUCAAAUUACAAUGGCUGCAAUUUAAUAAUUAGCUUUUGUAAUUGUUCAUAGGAGACGUCCACAUUUCGCACCUGAGUGCUUUUUAUUAUCUGCUGUCAGUGCCUAGAAUAAAUUAUGGCAACUGUUCCCAUUGUUAGAGCAAAGUGGCCUUCACGCCUUGACCAGUUUUUAAAUUAACCGAAUAUUAAUUUGAUAUUUUAGAUAUUUAUGGUCCUGUAAAUGAUUUGAAGUUUGCAGUGCCUUUUACUGAAUUAAUUAUUGAAAGGUGAGCUUAAUGAUGUAAAAUACAGAAGCUGUUAUCCGGUAGCUAAAUUUUCAUUUCAACGGUGGGUCGGUUAUAAAUCCUUUAUGUCGAGGGUAAAUCUCAAGCUGCAUUGCCACUACACCCGGGAAAGUUACCCAUGGGGCAUCAAAGAGUUCAUUCAGUACACGAUUGACUAAAUCUCUCAAAGUGAGAACCAACUCAGCUUUUCUUAACAUCGUGUUCUCUGCAAGUCCGGGAGGGCUACAUUCAAUAGCGAUGAGGUGGGCAGUAAGCUUACGAUAAUAUAAUAGAAUAUACAGAGAAGUAUUAGACAAAGUCGACUUACUCUUUCCUGCGCUUUCUCGAGUGUAAAAUCGCCAUAGAUUAAUUAACAAUGGGUGCCCAUUACUUUUACUAAUUUUUGCCAAGGGUUCAAUGAACUGGUGUGGCGUCCGCUACUCUACGGCGAUACACUUGGGGUGUGGGGUUUGUUUUCUUUUGUUGUGGGUUUUUUUUACACUUUUUUUGUUGUCUUCUGUUGUGUUUUUGUUUAUUUAUGGUUGUUAUUUUAGAGGGGUGGCCGAUUUCUGUUUUGACUAAAUUAAUUUACUUUAUGCCCGAGUUCUUUUGUCCGUCAGUGUGUUCUGAGUUUUUGUGUUCAAACAAACGAUGAUAUUACUGUUUACUAACCUCAUGGUAUGAUACCUCAUUCUGUGCCAAAGACACCAUACAGUAUUAGGAAAUAAGUUCUACACAGCUGUAUGCACAUCCGUACUGCUGGCAGUGAUGUAUAGAAUUUUCUUGGUUUUAAUAUAUGACAAGUAUUUAUAGAAUUCUCUGCUUUCUGUUAAAACUGCUGGCAAUAGGUGUGUAGAAGCUUUUUGCUUUCUCAAGUUGUUCUAAAGAACUUUUGUAUAUGUAUACUGCUGACAGUGCUAUAUUGUAUCUGCAUGUUCAGACUGCUAAUAGUAUCUUACAUAAUUUUGAGUGUGUUCUUAUUGCUGAAAACUUUGUAAAUUUUAUAGAACUUUAUUUAUGUCCAUACAGCUGAUGAAUUUUCUUUAUGUUACAGAAGAUACAUUUAUGUGAAAUACUUUAUUGUAUCUUCUCUGUAUAUUUGACUUGCCCCUGAAAAGUAGUAUUAGUAUACUCGCUAUUUAAAUGGUUCUAUUUGAAAACUAGUUCAAUUUGUAUCUCAGGAUGUCCAGAAACCAAACUGGCUGCCGAGAACUUUCUAUUAUUUCGAUCAACACUGACAUUCAUUAAGAGUAAUUAGUGUGUGCAAACAAACAAACAAGGCACUCUGUCACUCUGUCUUGGUCACCUGGCAGUAUAUCACGUGACUGAGGUCAAAGUAACGGGGAAACCCGAUGUUUUACGAAGCGAGUAUCUACGACAGGCGUUACCUAGCAACACAGCACAUGCCAUGUUACCUAGCAUCACAGAACCUGGCUCUAACAACAGUAGGUGUAACAGUCACAGACAUCUGUGUAAGACCACUGUAUCCAUGAUGUGUCGCACACAAACCUUCAAGUUGUCAUCGUACAAAUCCACAGGAAGGUCCCAUAUUUACAGAAAGAUUUUUAAAAAUACCAGACACGACUAACGAUUUAUACUUUAUUUCAAUCUUUGCUGGAAGCUAUAUAAAUUGUAUCAACCCAAAUCAUUAAAAACACAAUAAUAUCCAACAACCCUGGCGCUAGACGACACAAGACUGCAAUACAAUCUUCUUUUCUGUCCACAGGAAAAUAUUCACACAGUGAAAAAACCACCGGGAAAUCUGUCCUAGUUAUUAUUCAAAUAUUUUUAAAAUUAUUUAUCAAAUGUUAUUCAUACGUGAUUUGUAUUAUUCGUGCAUAUUUUGGUACCUAGCUUGCAUAUGUAUAUUAAGCAUACGUGUUAUUGGUCCUUUUGAAAGAUUUUUUUAAUAAUUUCUACCACAAACAACCAGACACAAGAUUGCUCAGUUUGUCCCAACUUUCAUAUUCUUCGUCCAAUGUUUCUCACUUUAUUUGCAGCCCUUCACUGCUGCGCUGCUGAAUAGCUAGCUCGUAGAAAAGGUUUUAUUAUAAACUCUUUUUCUGACUUUGAUGUUUUGUAUUAUAAAUUCUCGAUGUGGCUUGUUUUUGCAUUUUUAACGCUUUUUAUUGUCUACCUUUGAUUAAAACGCUUGAAAACCUGAUAAGUCCUGUAAAUGUCAAAGUUCCUUGGUGACCGCACGAAUGUUCCAGUGACAACCACGCAGUUCAAGUCUCACACUAGCCCUCCCCACGUCUCUGAGUGGUAGUCUUGACCGCACACACCACCGGACGGACGUGAGCACAUACACACUAGAAAAAUGAGAUACUUCAGAAUAAUUUGCUGUCCUCAGUCACUCUGUGUGCGGUUUCUGGGUCAAUAUUAAUUCCACCCACAGAUACAGGCUUUCAAGUGAAAUGAUAUGUAGACUGGAGGCGGAAAAAGGUUAAAACAUCAGCUCUGAAAAAAUGACACGUGACGACAAGUUCAAAGGGAAGUGACUCUCUGACAUCCUGUACUCAGCUGUGAACGAGGUUGGAGUUCUGCCCCUUUUUUUGGAAUUGACGGUAAAAUGACUGGCACAGGUUUCUUUUCCUUUUGUGCAGUACAACUUGUGUCCGUGCAAUCAUAAAGUACUCGCGCUCACAUGCAACAUACACAUGCGCUGGCGCGUUGGUAAACAGCCCGUGUUGUCGCAUAGCA